AUGUCAUUUGUCUCUGACGAACAGCAUCAACUUCCCACUCCUUCCGAUACCCCCAAAUCAUUGGAACAAGAAGAAGCUUCUUCGGCAUCGUAUCCCAAUCACUCAACCACCUGGACCCCAGCCGACAGCAUGACUCCAAUAUCAACAAACCCCUCGAGGAAGCGCUCUCGCGACGAGACCGCGUUCGACGUCGAAGCAGAUGGCUCUUAUUUUGCCUCGGUCGACACCCCGGCACCAAUUCCCGAAGAGGAGCCCAUUUAUGGCGAAGGCAUGGUCUUGCUCAAUCCGAAGACGGGCCUGUCGGUGUCGGCGGAGAGCCAGACCGGCACAUGGUUUGAAGAGAAGGCGGAUGAGAAAGCACUCAGGGAAGAGAUUGCUGCGGCAUACACUCGGCCCAAGCUGCCGACCAGCCGCAAAUCGGUCAGAUUGUCUCAGACAUCACUCCGCCUCCCAAUUGACACCAACAUCGCCUCGGCGCCAGCUAGUCCGCCAAAGACCGCCGUGGAUCGACCAGAGUUUGAUGAGGCGACUAUUGCGCUCGGUGUCGGUUGGACCAAGAUGGAGUCGGAAAGCGAAUCAUUGCAGGCUGCCGCCAGAGGUUGGGCAAAAUACCUGGACAACCACUAUUCUAGGUACAUUCAUGGUGCUCAGAUUCUCCUCAAGAACUCUGGCCUCGACGCGUACCUUGUCGGCUGCCAAGAAGGUUUCUUCCUUUUCAGCGAAAGUCUGUUGGAAGGGAAGCUGGUCGGCAGAACCUGGGAAACCUGCCUCCAUAAUCUGAGAUGCCAGCCUAUGGCCUUUGAAGGCGACGAGGUAUUGCGAGCUGAGAGCACACCUGGCCCAGAAGCUGCCCAGCCCCAGUUGUCGGGAACACUCCAGAUGGAGAAUUGGGCUGACUAUCAUCGGCUUAACCAUCCGCAACCGGUCGCCGUACCUAAUGGGGGCAUGGAUUUGGAUUGA